AUGCCGACGUUUCCCAGAAGCCCUCCAAUCCUUCCAAAAUACACCAUUGCCACCACCCCCGUUGUUCUCACCGCCGUUAACUCCUCCUCAAUGCCCACCCUGCAGACUUCCGAGGCCAAAGCCCAACAAAUUACUGAUUCUUCCUCCUCCCCUUCUGCCAUACCUAUUCCGACCACUGCUUCCUUCUUCUCUACCACCACCACUACCACCUCUACCUCUGCGUCGACCAGCACUGCUGUUACUUCCACCACAGUUUCCACACCCACGGCAUCUAUGCCCAAGAAUCGGAGGCGUAGUGCUGUCCAAUCAGCUAGGGUUCUGCCCCAGAUCAUCAAACCCCUGUCGGCCGAGGGUGAAAUCAAUGCCGCUCUCCACCACCUCCGCGUUGUUGACCCUUUACUUGCUACCCUGAUCGAUACCCACCAGCCUCCGGCAUUUGAGUCUCACCACUCCCCAUUCCUUGCCCUCACCAAGAGCAUUCUCUAUCAGCAACUCGCCUACAAAGCAGGCACCUCAAUCUACAAUUGCUUUGUAGUGCUCUGCGGUGGUGAGACUGCAGUUCUUCCCGACGAUGUGCUGGGUCUAUCUACUCAGCAGCUCAAGCAAGUCAGUGUCUCUGGUAGAAAAGCCAGCUAUUUAUAUGACCAUGGCCUCAAAUCAACUCUUUGUAAUAUGCUUCUUUACAUGCUUAGGACAUGGCCGAGUGGCGAUCCUGAUUCAUCUGGCAUCAGCCUUUUCGCACUUUUAGUAAGGGUAUGCGUAUCUCUGCACCCAUAUUCCGGCGCUGGAAAUCCGCCCAAGUACGGUGAUUACGAGGCCCAGAGGCAUUGGAUGGAGAUCACCAUUAAUCUACCCGUUAAAGAAUGGUACCGAAAUAGCACCAUUAAUGAUCUCAACUACUGGGGCCUUGAUUACCCGCCGCUCACUGCUUAUCAAAGCUACUUCCAUGGCCUUAUCCUACGAUGUUUUGAUCCUAAAUCUGUUUCACUUUACACUUCUCGUGGCUAUGAGUCUUACAUUGGGAAAUUGUUGAUGAGGUGGACGGUUUUAUCAUCUGAUGCUUUGAUAUUUUUUCCUGCAGUGCUUUAUUUUAUCAAUGUGUAUUAUUCUGGGAAGCCUAUCAAGGAGAAGACUAGUGUAGCGUGGCACAUUGCCUUGAUUUUAUUGAACCCAUGUCUCAUAUUGAUUGAUCAUGGUCAUUUUCAGUACAAUUGUAUUAGUUUGGGCCUCACUGUUGCAGCUGUUGCAGCAAUUCUGUCUGAUAGAGAUGUUGUUGGUUCUGUACUUUUUAGUCUUGCACUCAACCAUAAACAGAUGAGUGCAUACUUUGCUCCUGCAUUUUUCAGCUAUCUCUUGGGCAAAUGCCUAAGGCAACAAAAUCCAGUAAUUGAGGUGGCAAAACUGGGCUUGGCAGUGCUAGGGACCUUUGCUGUUGUUUGGAGCCCAUAUCUUUAUUCAGCAGAAGCAUCCUUAGAGGUUCUAUCCCGUCUGGCUCCUUUUGAAAGAGGUAUAUAUGAGGAUUAUGUGGCGAAUUUUUGGUGUACUACUUCAAUCCUCGUAAAGUGGAAGAGAUUGUUGAAUAUGCAACCCCUAAAACUUCUGAGUCUUACUGCAACCAUUUCUGCUUGUCUACCUUCCAUGAUUCAGCUGAUAUGGAAACCAAGAAAAUCAAGUUUCCUUUAUGGGCUUUUGAACAGUGCUCUUGCAUUCUACUUGUUCUCAUUUCAAGUACAUGAGAAAUCCAUCCUGCUGCCACUCCUCCCUGCAAGCUUUUUGGCCAUGGAAAAGCCUUUCGUUCUCUUGUGGCUGACACAAAAUGCAUUAGUGUCUAUGUUCCCUCUUCUUACCCGGGAUAAAUUGAUUAUCCCAUACAUUGCUUUACAUGGUCUCUUUAUCCUUCUUUACCAUUCGCCUGGUGGGAGACAACACAAAAAAGAGACUCAAUCUUCCUUUGGCACAUUAAGAUUAUUUCUUCUGUCUUGCUUUCUAGUGCUGCAUGUUGUCUACUUGACGAUAGCACCUCCAAGGAAGUACCCUUUCCUUUUUGAAGCGGUCAUCAUGCUUCUUUGCUUCUCCCAGUUCGUAGUAAUUUUUCUAUACACCAACACUAAGCAAUGGACGCCAUCCAAGCUCUCUGCUCUAUCCACAGAGGCCAAAAAACACCUCUGAUUUUUGUGGUUCAUCUCGUGAUUGUCCUUGCUUUUCUGGCUUUGAACGUCAGUGGCGGUAUGAAGAGGCAAUCAACAGACAUUGGCGCAUUUUUUUUCAUGGAUUUGUAACCUUUGACCCCAGCUUCUCUACUAGCUAGAAAAGGUGGUGUAACUUGAAGCUAAGACUGCAAAACAGGAGGCACUAAUGUGUUAUGUUAUUUUAAUCAAUCUGAAAAUCUGAAGGAAAGUAGUUUUUA